CGUCGAUGUCGUGAUUGCUCCCAGACCACGCCUCUUGCUUAGAGAUGCAAAUUCCUCAGCGCUUGUUCAAUGCGAUGCUCCAAACAAGCUGCGAUUGCGCAAUAGUUGGGAAGCGGGCUCUCGUCCCUCAGUCCCUCUCUCGGCCUUUGGUUCGAUCGGGGCUCCUGUCUGAGAAUGGGUUGGAAAGCAAAUUAGUAAUGUUGCUUGGUGAUGGCCCUGUGCCCAAUAUGAACAAGUCUUCCUCCUCCCGCCUCUUUAACUCGGGGUGUAAAUUCUGCCUGCCUCGAGCGCCUCUUGUCCUCAUAAAACAACUACUGCCUUCUUCCUCUUCUCUGAUCCGAGCAUCUGAACUCACUUUCCCCAGCUUCAGCAUCUUGCGUCAUUUGCCUUUUAUCCAUCUUGUCUCUUGAUCCAAGCCUUGUCGAGUGAAUUAUACCCCGGGGUUUCAAUACACACACACACCCUCUUACAACCACUACUCGUCAUAUACCCGUGGUGCCUCGCAACCACACAUCAAACCCCUCCUCCCUCAACUCAUACACAAACCUCACACAAUGGCUGCCGUUGCUGAGCCCACGACGCAGACGUCCUCCGUCGAGUCGUCUCCUCGGUUGAACGCCGCCGAUGCGGCAAAGCUUGAUCGUGUCGAAGUCGAGUCCGGAUAUGGUUCCGCCACAGAUGCCUCAUCGACAUCGUCGUCCAUCCCCGCGCUCCCCUUGAUCUCCCUCACCCAACCCCACCUCAAGCACCUCAACGACCAGCUCGAGAACAUGCACCCCCUCGACAUCCUCCGCUUCUCCAAGAUCAUGUUCCCCAACCUCUUCCAGUCGACGGCCUUUGGCCUCACCGGCCUCGUCACCCUCGACAUGCUCUCCAAGAUCCAAAAGGAGAACCCCUCCGCCGCCAACGUCGACCUCAUCUUCCUCGACACCCUCUACCACUUCAAGGAGACCCACACCCUCGUCGACCGCAUCCAGGAGCGCUACCCCAACGUCGCCCUCCACAUCUUCAAGCCCUACGGCGUCGCCUCCACCGAGGAGUUCGAGGCCAUGUACGGUCCCAAGCUCUGGGAGACCGAGGCCGAGAUGUACGACUGGAUCGCCAAGGUCGAGCCCCUCCAGCGCGCCUACCAGGAGCUCGGCGUCGCCGCCAUCCUCACCGGCCGCCGCCGCUCCCAGGGCGGCGCCCGCGACAAGAUGCCCAUCAUCGAGGUCGACGACGAGCGCGGCGUCAUCAAGAUCAACCCCAUGGCCAGCUGGUCCUUCAAGCAGGUGCAGGAGUACAUCAAGACCCACAACGUCCCCUACAACGACCUCCUCGAUCAGGGCUACAAGUCCGUCGGCGACUGGCACUCCACCGUCCCCGUCAAGGAGGGCGAGGACGAGCGCGCCGGCCGCUGGAAGGGCCAGCAGAAGACCGAGUGCGGCAUCCACAACAAGAAGUCGCGCUACGCACAGUACCUCGAGGAGAUGGAGCGCAAGGCCGUCGAGGCCAAGGGCGCCGCCCCCGCGUCGUCGGCCGAGGCGGCGAAGCAGGGCGAGGCGGCCAUCGCGCCCAUCGUCAAGGCGGAGAAGGAGGAGCAGGCCAUCGCAUCGAUCUAGAAGCGUUGUUCUUGGCUCUGGUGCGAUUUGGGACUUGCUUUCUUUUAUUAAUGACCUGUAUAUACAUGAUGCAUGACGGCGUUCAGGGAGGAAACAAAAAUCAAGGGACGGUACGGGACAGCAUGCAGGCGUUCCGGAUGAAUCCAGGCCAAGGGCCGGGAGGUAUCUCGCAUUCAGCGGAUACUCGAUUCUACUUCGUAGAUAGCAUAAGCAAAAGACAUUAUGAAUCAAACAGUCGAUCAAUCAAACUUGAAGAUCUUG